UUCUACUCGCCCAAACGAUUGGUUUGCUAGUUCUUUUCAUAUUUAUGUCAUUCUCAUCUGGUGAAAGAACUUUUUUGAAAAAGCAAGUCAAUGUUGUGUGGGAAAAAUCAAAUUUAAUUCCAAAUYCAAAUCCGAUCGUACCGCACAGCACGCGUUGGAUCACAGUGCACCAUGUUCUUCUCCCCCGCAAUUCUCCUGCCCCUCUUGUCCACACUGUUGGCGGCAAACAAGAACCGCAGGACGACAAACAGCAAUUACCUGAAGAACACCCACCACAUGAUCUUGCAUCAAUUCGUCGACCAAAAACAAAAGCAAGAUUCCGAUGAUCAAUUGCCGAGCAUAUUUGAAUCCACAUCCGCCGUUUGGAUUGAUAUGGAAAACGUUCGCGGCAAGUCGGGAUUCGCACUCUCCCACAAGGAAGUCCUGGACAAGACAGAACUUUGGACAAAGCAUUUUGGGCUUGAGAACAGGGUGAUUGUGGUGGUCGACCAUGGGGGAUCGAAACCGACUGCCUUUUUCAAGGAAGACCAGAAUUUAGCGGUUGUCUUUUCUGGCAACAACUGCAAGGCUGACGAUGUCAUUGCCAAGGGCGUUGGGGCACCCUGUUUUCCGUUUUUCGGCUGGCAGGACGCCGACGAAAGUGCCGAUAGCAGUGGCACCAGUAGUCCCAGGGGGAAACAGCGGCGGGCGGGGGGUGUUGGCAAAACAAUUGUGGUCACGGCAGACAACGAAUUGAUGAGUCGGUGCCGCAGGGCUGCCAAGAAUGAGUACCAUCUUGUCAAUCCGCAAACUUUUUUGGACGACUUGGAAUGGGUGGCCAACGAGGUUAGGGAGCGAAAACGCGAACGAGAGCAGCAGCAAGAAAGUGACAGCAACGACGAAGAGUCAUCUGUAUCGACAGCAACUUCGGAAGCUCUGUCCUUAGAAGAAGAAUUCAAACUCAGUCGAUUGGAUACCGAAAUAAAACUUAGGGGGCAACUCAUCGAUGCCGAGGUUCAACUUGGAGACCGAAAGAGGAAGGGCAAAAACAUCACCAACAAGCGACGGAAGAAGCUUGAAGCCAGGGUCAAGAGUUUAAAGCGGAAACUGGCCUUGCGUGGACCCUCCCUUCUGGACCAGUUGACGAGAGCYGCGUCAGAAGAAGUGGGAUCCGAGGAGAGCGACGAACAGGAUGCAAAUCGCCUCCUUCGGGAGCAGCAAGAUCUGCUACUGGAGAAAUGGAGGGAAUUACAGUACCGACCACCACGAAAGGAGCAAACGGGCGAUCGCGUUAUAUAUGCUGAGCGCUUGCGACGAGAACUGGAAGCUGACGAACAAGUCACCACAGACAUGAUAGAGAUCGGCUCAAACGAAUCGGAAAGCGAAGCGAAAAAAUCUCUCUCCUCCGCUAGGCUCUUUGUCCAACACGUCAACGACGGAGAACUCUUUGCAACCACGAAGCAGCAAACUAGAAGCACGGCACGAGCAACCAUUAUAAACCUAGAGGAUGCCGUUUUAGCGAAACAGAAUGCACUCUUGUCCUCACCGGCGCCAAAACUUACGAAGGAGCAACGCUUAGCCUUGAUGACUAGUGGCCCUGUGGAACAACCAGAAGCCUCCUCGAAUAGAAGUGAGAACGAGAGCACCUACAAUCUUCCACCAGAUGUCACUGUUCCUUUGUCCCCAGAAAUGUCUACCAAAGAGCGUUUGCAGUUCAAGGUGGACAAGGACCUACAAACCUUGGACAUUGUCGUCGUGAGCGACACCCAUGGAUUCGAGGGACAACUGGGUGAUGAUCUGCCGAAGGGGGACGUUUUGCUCCAUCUGGGAGAUUUCGCGUUGGAGGGUUCCACUGAAAAAGAAAGCCGUGGGCUCGCAGCCUUUGACAAGUGGCUCGCAAAGCAACCCCACGACUACAAGAUUGUGAUUCGGGGAAACCACGAUCCCUUCAAGGUUCACUUUCCGACCUCGAAAGCCCUAUACGUAACAAAUCCCACCAGCAUCAGCGUUGGAGGCUUCGAGUGUGCUUUGGUCCCACAUUGCAACGCCCGUAAGCUUAGUGCCACGAAAGGCCUCCCUCCGACCUGCGAUCUAGUGGCCUCUCAUGUGCCCCCCUUCAAGGUCCUUGAUCGGACCUAUUCGGGGAAGCAUGUCGGCAGCAGCUUUUUAAACAAUUUCAUCCGUGGCAUGGCCCUCGGACCUCCAAAACUUUGGCUUGUCGGUCACAUUCACGARGGUCGUGGGGUUGCAAAGCGUACGUUCGCGAAGAACGCGAAGUAUGCUCGAGAAACGACGGUCAUUAACGCCUCCAAUGCCAACAUGGGCUGUGCGACACACCUUGAACACGGUCCUAUUGUGGUGCAAAUCAACAAAGAAGAUUCGGAGGUCAAGAUUUUACAAAUGGACGAGAAAAACAUUAAUCGCAGCAUUGCUUCCGAAGCGAAUGCUGCCUUCUUUCGGCAUCCACCAGCAGCUGCUGAUGCUACUAAAAAUGACGACACAAC